AGACUUUUAUUUUUUAAGGUUUCACCGGAAGUUGUGUUUUAUUGUGGGUGUUUGGACACUUUUGGACAGCUGCUUGUAACAUAACGGUGGUGUCAAGCUACAGGAGGAAUUGUCUGGAUUUAUUGAUACGAUACUGAUCAAAGAGCAGCAGGAUGAACAGCGCAGCCGUGUAUCCACCUCUCAACGCCCCCGCGGCCAACAUGUUUGGCAACGUGCCUGGCUACGAAGGCACCGUGGCAGGAGGAGGAGGUUUCCUGCCCCCUCCUAUGCCCAUCGAGCCUUCAGCCCCGCCCCAACCCGGGCCUUCACCUGACGAAUGGAGCAUCCCCACUCUGUCGGAGGAUGUUGCCCGCGAGGCAUUCAAGAGCUUUACGUCGUAUCAGUGCUGCUGGGGUAAAGGUCCAGUCAACGAUGGAGUCAUCACCAGCAUGGAGCCGUUCAACACCUACAGGUAUCGACUGGAAACGUUCACUGAGUCCAGGUCAACUGAGUGGGCCACCAAACCUUAUGAAGGUGAACCGGCUGACUUCUACACCCAGACCGCACCCCGGCCCUGGGAGAUCCAGGCCACGACUCCAAACCUCUUCACCAAUCACACGGAGGAGAUCCGCGUGCCCUACACUUCCUCCCUCAAGGAGUGCGACAGCUGCCAUGGCUCAGGGAUGAAGCCGUGUGAGGAGUGCCAUGGAGAUGGACAUAAACCGUGCUGGGUGUGCAACGGCUCUGGGACGAGGACGGAUGAGAGUUGCGAUCGCUGUAAUGGUACAGGCAAAGAAAGGUGUACCGAAUGUAAUGGAAAUGCAACGAAGCAGUGUGAAACCUGUAAAGGAAAACGACAACUUCUGGCCUACAUCAAGCUCAAAGUGGAGUGGACUAACAAUGUGGAGGACGACGUGGUGCAGCAGAACUCUGGCCUAAAGGUUGAUGAUCUCCGUUCAGUGACUGGGAAGGAGCUGUUCAAGAACAACCAGUACCUGCUCUACCCACUGCUCGGGUUCCCAAACCCGGCCAUCUCUGAGGCCUCUGAGCGUCUGGUCAGAGACCACCAAAGCAAGUACGCCCAGACCUCCAGGAUCCUGCAGCAGAGGCAGACGGUCGAGUUGAUCCCCAUCACUAAAGUCAACUACAAGUGGAAAGGCGACUCUCACGUCUACUUCGUCUACGGCAAUGAGAACCAAGUCAGCGCUGACAAUUACCCUGCAACCUGCUGCUGUGUCAUCCAGUAGACACACACACACACACACGCGCGCGCACACGCAUACACACACACACACACACACACACACACACACACUGUCCCAAACAGUUAUUCUGUUUCUUUUUUAAUACUAUCUCCUCCCUCCAGGACAGCUUUUAACCAUCCACUGCACACAUUAAGAGUUUUCCACAAAAAUCGUCCAAUUAGAUGGAGAGUGGUUCCCACCGGGUUCCCACAAGUGGUCGGGUCCCACUUUUGCAGCAUGUUAAAUGUACUUAAACGGACACACAUUUGUUUGUGAUAAAGAAUUAAUUUUGAAUAUUGUCUGAAAUUAAUACAAAACUGAAACUUCAGUAUGUAAUGUUUCACUCAAAAAGAAAGGGAAGGUAUGGCGUAACUUUCUCAGUACUGGCAUCAAGUAUUUGUCUCCACAUUAACUAAACAAUCCUGGAGGGACUCGAUUUAUCUGCUGUUUUUCCAAAACUGUCCGCUCAGUUCUGACUCUACCUCCUGUUAGGACACCGUGAUGCUCCACCAGGUGUCCUGAUGAGAGAAAAUAAUAGACAUUCUUGUCAUUUAUCCUUCAUAUCAAGAAUUACAUUUAAUCUAGAUAAACUUUUAAUCUUUCACAUUUAGAACUAAAUUGUAGGUAUCCAAAUUUAAGAUUGAAAAAAUGUAUAUUUUAUGGUUAAACCAGCCUGCUGUAUGUAUCCCAUUAUUGUCUCUGUGUGGACACCUGUGUUGAACAUCAUGUCUCUGACAACAUGACCACUUACCAAAGAUAUGUUUUCUGUUACAAAACACUUUUACUGAACACACAUUAUGCCAGUAUGUGCCAUUUAAUGUCCUCAAUAUUGCAUGGAAAAUGUCCAAAACAUUAAUGUUUUAAGGACAAGCAGGAGUGUUCAGCCCAGAAGGCAGAAACAUAUAAAAUUGAUGAUAAGUAAAUAGUCAAUGAGAAAUAGUAAAUAAAAAUAAAUAUGGAGAUAUGAGAUUUUCAUCUGGCAGAGGUUAAUAUAUGAUAUGUGAUAAUUCUUUAUGUGUGUAUUGUAAUCAGAUGAUGGAGGAAGUGAAUGCUGCUCUGUAUGGGGAACAGAGACACAGUUUAUAGAGCAGCAAUAGAAUCUGGUUCACGUGGUUUAA